CAAAACCCCUAGUUCAAAACCUUCUUCCUCUUCCCCCUUUCCUAUUACAUUCCCUGAGACAAAUUUCAGGGCAUUUCUGUAAAUUCUGAGAGAAACUAUGGCGGAUUCGCAGUCGGACGCGAAUUUCUUCAGCGUACGGAUCGUCUCCAUCGACUACUAUAUGGCCCCGCCGAUCCCAGGCCUCGAUAUCUGUUAUAGUAGCUUCCACGGUGGGAAGGUGAAUGAGGUUCCUGUUAUAAGAAUAUAUGGAUCUACACCGGCUGGUCAGAAGACUUGCUUGCACGUUCAUCGAGUUUUACCCUAUUUAUAUGUGCCGUGCACAGAUAUCUCGCUUCAAUCGGACAAAGAUGGCGAUGCAUACACAAAUGCUGUAUCUUUCGCCCUUGAGAAAGCUUUAAAGCUUAAAGGUAAUGCUGGUUCAAAGCGACUACAUGUGCAUGGUUGCAGCAUUGUGCGGGCAAGGAAAUUUUAUGGUUACCAUUCAUCUGAAGAGCUUUUUGUGAAGAUAUAUCUCUAUUAUCCACAUGAUGUCUCACGUGCUGCCAAUCUUCUUUUGAGUGGUGCAGUUCUUGAUAAAAGUUUGCAGCCCCAUGAAUCACAUAUUCCCUUUAUUCUCCAGUUUCUGAUUGACUAUAACUUGUACGGAAUGGGCCAUAUGCAUUUAUCAAAGAUGAAGUUCCGCCAUCCAGUACCCGAUGCUUUCUCACUGAGGAAAUGUGAUCAUAAUGACCCAAGUUGUGAUGCAUCUUUAUGUUCACCAAUAUGGAUAUCUUCAACAAUUCCAGCUGAUUGGAUGUGGCAAUUUCCUAGUGAAUUUGAGGCUUCAUCAGAUCAGGGCAUUCCUUUCAUUAAACGUCAAAGUGUUUGUGAACUUGAGGGGGAUGCUUCUAUAGAUGAGAUUCUUAAUCAGCAGUUUAAAAUUUAUUCAUCUCUUUCACAAACCCAUUCAGAUGUGAAAAUGGUCCAGUCACUUAUACCAAUUUGGGAGGAAGAGUAUGAAAGGACUGGAACACGUGAGGUGGCAAUGCCUCCUGAUCCUGGCAAACCACUUCAACAAGAUGUUCUUAGAACUCUAUCACUGGGUCUUGAAUUUGAGAACAAACUUAUUGAAUUGUGUGGUGACGCAAUAACAUCAUCAACUGUUGAGGGAAAUUUGGUUGGACUUGGACAUGUUAACACUGACAAUAUAGAAGUAGAAGCUUUGAAGUGUUCUAAAGAAACAGAAAAAGUUGGAUCUUUGUCACCACAAGGUUCAAUAUGUGAAAAAGAAGAUGGUACCAAAUCUAUUGAAGGGUGGGAUAUUAGUCCUAAACCAUUGUCUACUAAUGAAAUGCGAUCCUCGGCAACUACUGAAACACUAGAUCCAAAGGCUGCAGAUAAGGAAGCCCUUGGUCUUCUAAGGUGGCUUGCUACUUCUCAGGCUGCCGAAGAUAUAAACUCUGAUGAUGAACUUGUUUGUGAGACUGUUCUGAGUCCUUUGUUGCCUUCAACAACCAUUGAUAAGGUGCUGGAGAAAGCAACUAUGGAUUAUGAGAGCGAGUCUCAAAAAGAGUGUCAAGACAUUCUUGAUUCAAUUGAUGACUUGAUUGACUUUGAGGGUCUGAAGGAAAGAGCUUUACAUCCUUCUGAUCGGAAUCAUUCUCCUCUAACUUCAUCAGAGAACAUGAUUCCACAAGUGGAUGGCUCUGGGGAUGAACUGUUCUCAACUCCUUGUGCUGGAUCAACUGGAAACUCAUCUGGAACGGAGAUGAGGGCUGAACUUGAAGGGUCUUUGGAAUGCCACACACUGCAGGAUGUUGGUGGAAGGUUCACCAGUAAGCAUAAAAGAAAGCAAUCUGUAUGGGGCUCUUUACCGUUUUCCACGACAAAAAAGGUGAAUAAUGACUUGGAACCUGUUGGUUUCCACAAAAUUGAUUCCUGUGUCCAUGAAACUAAAGCUCCUGAAGAUACAAGUUGCUUGGCUAUUAAUGAAGCGGGAAGUUAUGCUGCUGAUUUUAUGAAAAAUUCAGGUACAGAUGUUCGUGAUUUAAAGGAAUCAAGUCGUUUGGUUGGAUGCUCUGUGCGGGAUUUGAUGAGGAGAAAGCGAAGCUACCGAGUUGAACCACCUGACUGUGGGUCUCAUAGGGAUAAAAGGGUUCUUUUGGAAGGGGAGCGAAGAGAUGGCAUAAUUCUCUUCCCUAGACAAUUAAAUGACGAGCUUGAAGUUGAGUCUCUCAACUUGAAGCAAUCUCUUACAGGCCAACAGACAGAUUUCCAUAAAGCUUGUGAGGCUAAUGUGACACCUUUGGAUUGUUCCGUCUAUGGUAAACACCCUCUUUUUUCCAGCAGUGACAGCUUGUCGCAACAUAGCAAGUUGAAAGAUGGAAAUUUUGGUUCUCAUGAAAAAGUUGCUGUUGAGGUCGGCAUAGUAGCUACCACUGGACCAGUGGAUUUCACAGUAAAAGGCGCAUCUCAAGUGCAUACUAUACCACGGGUUUGUAAGCCCAACAAUGUAGAUUCUGCAGCUUCCAUGGGCCAUUGUGAAAUUUGCAAUGAUAAAGAGUCUGACUUGGGUGCAACGGCCAUGACUAAUGAGAGAUUUCCGCUAAAAGAUGCUGCUGCUUCAAGCUGUUUGCGAACUGGUCUGAUUGAAUGUAAAGUAUCUCGUGCACAUUGUUCUAUCUAUGAAAGUGGCCAUAAAGAUGAAUCGUCUCUGGCCCGUGUACAUAAUAAAUCUUAUGAGAGUGUUCUAGGCACAAACACCACAACUGAUUCAAUGGGUUUACUAAAUGAGAAUUGUGGUGGUGGAGAACAGGGAAGGGAUUUUGUUUUUUCUGGGCUUGGCAACUCAGAGUCCAUAGUUGUCAACACACAGGUGAAAUGUACCAAACUAAUUGGCAUGACCUUCUCCAAGAAACCCCCUAUUGCAGACUGGGCAGAUGGGACAUCUGAAAAUGCUUCUUUUCCACCUACCUCUGAUCCAGAGGAAAAUUAUGAGGGAACAUCAGGGAGAGGCUUGGAUGAUUUUCUCCCUUUUUUUGAGAGGGACUGUGGAGAAGAGAAAGAAGUACUGGACAAGCAUGCUGGAAAUAGUGACUCCAAUUCUGAUCAAGUUGUCAUGGGUGUCUCUACUCACUGUCAAAAUGACGGCUCCUACUUGUACCUUUUAACACCUGUAUAUUCACCUCCUUCUGCAGAUAGUGUAUGUAGAUGGCUGUCAUGUGAGGAUGAAGGUGCUUCUGGAGGGAACAAUGUAGCAUCAGUGGAGCCAUUACCAUUGAAAGGUUCAUCUAGCAGUUUGGUUGGUUCACAAAGUUCUUUGCCUGAUGAUUAUGACAAGGCUUUGCCUGAAUCUUGUUCUGGAGGAGGUAUUGUGAAAGAAAAAGUAUGUGUUGGUUUCGCAGAAGAUAUAUCUCAGAUUUCAGGGCCACAUGGGAAAUCAAGGCCUACCCCGCUUAGUCAAAGUGGAUUUCGGGACCCUGCAAGUGUUGGUGGUGGUCAACAAUUGACAUUGUUAAGUAUAGAGGUGCAAGCAGAAUCAAGAGGAGAUCUCAGACCUGAUCCUCGAGUUGAUGCCAUCAAUAUUAUCGCUCUUGCUAUUCAAACUGAUACUAAUUCCAUUACUGAAGUUUAUGUGCUUUUGUGUAGUAAAACUGAAGCUGAUAACAGGAGUCUAGAUGGAAUAUCUGGCUGCAAGUUGUUGGUUUUCUCUGAGGAAAAGUACUUAUUUAGUCACUUCAUGAAGAUUGUACGUUCAUCUGACCCUGAUAUAUUAAUGGGUUGGGACAGUCAAGGUGGUUCUCUUGGGUUUUUGGCAGAAAGGGCUUCACAUCUUGGUAUAGCUUUACUCGAUAACAUAUCUCGGACACCAUCUGAGACCAAGAUGGCUGCUGGAGAUUUGGAUAUUCCUGAGAAAGGACUUCGUGAUAAUAUAUUAACUGAAUCAAUUACUGGUUCUAUAACAAUAGAAGAUGCAAUAAUUGAGGAUGAAUGGGGACGAACUCAUGCCAGUGGUGUUCAUGUAGGUGGUAGAAUUGUCCUGAAUGUAUGGCGAUUAAUGCGUGGUGAAGUGAAGCUUAGUAUUUACACAAUGGAAGCGGUAGCUGAAGCUGUGCUGAGGCGAAAAAUUCCAUCAUUUCAUCACAAAUUACUGAAAAAAUGGUUUUCUAGGGGAUCUGGACGAGGAAGAUUUAGAUGUAUAGAGUAUGUGAUAGGGAGAGCAAGAUUGAACCUUGAGAUAAUGAACCAACUUGAUAUGAUAAAUCGAACUUCAGAACUUGCACGUGUUUUUGGCAUAGACUUUUUUUCGGUUCUCUCUCGAGGUUCACAAUACCGUGUUGAAUCCAUGCUUCUGAGAUUGGCACAUACACAAAAUUUUCUUGCUAUCUCCCCAGGAAGUCAGCAGGUUGCUUCUCAACCUGCAAUGGAGUGCCUACCUCUUGUAAUGGAACCAGAGUCUCGUUUUUAUGCAGAUCCAGUUGUUGUUUUGGAUUUUCAGUCUCUCUAUCCGUCAAUGAUAAUUGCAUACAACCUUUGUUUUUCUACUUGCCUUGGCAAAGUUACACCUUCAAAGGCAAAUACACUUGGGGUAAGUUCCUAUUCACGAGAUCCGUAUGUUCUACAGAGAGUGAAAAAUGAGAUACUGCUCACUCCAAAUGGUGUUAUGUAUGUGUCUCCAAAGGUCCGUACAGGCAUACUGCCCCGUUUAUUGGAGGAAAUAUUAUCAACUAGAAUAAUGGUGAAACAAGCAAUGAAAAGGUUGCUUCCCUCACAGCAAGUUCUUCACAGGAUAUUUAAUGCAAGGCAGCUUGCUUUGAAGCUGAUAGCAAAUGUGACAUAUGGCUAUACAGCUGCUGGAUUUAGUGGUCGCAUGCCUUGUGCAGAGAUUGCAGACAGUAUUGUUCAAUGCGGACGAAGUACUCUCGAAAAGGCAAUUUCAUUUGUGAAUGCACAUGAUAAGUGGAAAGCUAAAGUUAUUUAUGGUGAUACUGACAGCUUGUUUAUCCUCCUCAAGGGACGCACGGUCAAAGAGUCUUUUCGAAUAGGUUAUGAGAUUGCAUCUGCAAUCACUGCAAUGAAUCCAAAUCCAGUCACUUUGAAAAUGGAGAAAGUUUAUCAUCCAUGCUUCCUCCUUACUAAGAAACGCUACGUUGGUUACAGUUAUGAGAGCCCAGAACAGACUGAACCUGUAUUUGAUGCUAAAGGUAUUGAGACGGUCCGCAGGGAUACAUGUGAAGCUGUUGCCAAAAUGAUGGAGAAGUCGUUGAGACUCUUCUUUGAACAUCAGGACAUUUCUGAGGUUAAAGCAUAUUUGCAGCGUCAAUGGAGCCGGAUUUUAUCUGGCAGAGUUUCUCUUAAGGAUUUUGUUUUUGCCAAGGAGGUUCGAUUGGGCACCUACUCUACAAGGGGCUCUUCACUCCCACCAGCCGCAAUUGUUGCCACUAAAGCAAUGAAAGCUGAUCCCAGGGCAGAACCACGCUAUGCAGAGCGGAUACCUUAUGUUGUAAUACAUGGAGAACCCGGCGCCCGCCUGAUUGAUAUGGUUGUUGAUCCAAUGGAACUUUUGGCAAUUGAUUCCCCCUUCAGAUUAAAUGAUUUAUAUUACAUCAACAAACAAAUAAUCCCAGCUUUGCAGCGGGUAUUCGGACUUGUUGGAGCCAACUUGAACCAGUGGCUUAUAGAGAUGCCCCGUCCAGUCAGGGAAGCCUUUGCUAAACGCUCCAGCUAUGCUCCAAAUCCGCACAGAACCAGAAUUGAUUAUUACUAUCUCUCUAAACAUUGUAUACUUUGUGGCGAGUUGGUUCAGGCAUCAGCCCAUCUAUGCAAUCAAUGCUCGCAAAAUGGAAUUGCUGCUGCUGCAACAGCUGUGAUAGGAAGAACUUCAAAAAUGGAGAGAGAGAUGCAACACCUUGCUGCCAUAUGUCAACAUUGUGGAGGUGGAAACUGGAGUGUCAAGUGCACUUCGCUAGCAUGCUCAGUGUUUUAUGAGAGGCGGAAAGUUCAGAAAGAGCUACAAAGUCUUUCUUCUAUUGCUGCUGACGAAGGUUUCUACCCAAAAUGUAUGGUCGAGUGGUUCUGAAGGGACAUAAAUUUGUUAUAAACUGGUUUGUAAAAAAUUCAUACAAACACAUUUAAUAAAAUGACAUGUGUCACGUAACAUGUGAGGUUUAUUUUUAAUAACCUAUUUGUCCGUUCUGAAGGGUCAGUUGCUCCAAUAUGUCACCCUUGAACUAUGGAAUAGGAAGAAAGGUGGGUGUGUUGUAAGUUGAUUUAUAUGUGUUUUAAUGUAAUUUAAUCAUUUGUUGCUGUACAAAAAUAAUGAAGUUUGAACUACUUUGCUGUUUCA